UCCCGAAUUUUAAAACCCUCGUUCUGUUGUCAACUGACUUUUUAACACAGACAUAAUUUUUAAAUAAUUUCAGAAGAAGAAGCGAUGGAUAAACUUUGUCGUCAAUGUACUCCAAACGAACUUCGAUUUAUUUUUCAUAUAAUUUUGGGUAAUAUAGAGAGAUAUAUCGAUAUGUCUGGACAUACUUUAAUGAGAACCUUUCAUGCUGAAGCAGAUAAUUUAUGGAAGGAAGGUGAUUCACUCCAAUUAAUUUGUGAAAAAUUUGCUGACCCAGAAACUGAGAAUUCAAUGAAUUUGACUGGACAUUUGUUAUGUAAACCGUUUAGACCAAUGCUUUUGAAGCGUCUAAAUUACAAUAAAUAUUGCUUGGCAAAGAUAAUUCGUUAUUGCCAACGUCCAUUCUAUUUGGAAACAAAAUAUGACGGAGAACAUUUAAUAGUCCACAAAUAUGAAAAAAUAAAUUAUAAAUAUUUUACAAGAAAUGGUGUUGAUUAUACAAAUAAAUUGGGAAGGCAUUAUGAAUUGCUAUUUUCUAAAAGAAUUCAUAAAUAUUUUAAUGAAGAAAUUGUUGAUUGUGUUUUGGAUUGUGAAUUGCUUAUUUGGGAUAAUAAUUUAAAUUGUUUUGUUGGAAAGAAUAGACGUGCUUCAGAUGGAAAUGUUUAUGACCCAAAAUAUAUGGAUGAUGAUUUUUUUGAAAAUAAUAAAGCAUUUGAAAGAAGUAUAGCAGUUUUUGAUAUUCUUUAUUUAAAUGGAAAAUGCCUUAUAACCGAAAAAUUAACAUUAAGUGAACGUGUAGAAUUACUUCAAAAUAUUUUUGUUGAAGAAGAUUUGUCUACAAUAUUUAUUUCUACAAAAAAAUUAAUUAAUAAAGCUGAGGACUUUGUCAAUUAUUAUAAAAAUGCAAUGUCACAAAACGAAGAAGGAAUUGUUGUAAAAUCAUUAACUUCACUUUAUCGUCCCGGUAGUCGUGCAGAAAAGAAUGGAUGGUUUAAAAUUAAGCCAGAUUAUGGAAUUCAAUCAGUUUUGGAUUUGGCUGUUGUUGGGGUUAGAAUUGAGGCUGGACAUGAUAGAAAUCGGUUAAAAUCUUUUUUGGUAGCUGCAAAAAGUUGUAAUAAAAAUGGAAAGGAAGUUACUACGAGUGAUGGAAAAUUCAAAUUUAAAAUGAUUGCUGGUAUCACUUCUAGACUUAAAGCUUUAGACUUUCAACGUCUUCGUUCAACCAUUGGUAAUACUUCUGAAUUAUUAUUUAAAAGGCCAGAAUGGAUAGAAGAAUUUGAUGAUACUUCAAAAAAUGCAGACUGUUAUCGUUUUGUUUUCUAUGAAAAAAUACAGAUUGUAGAAGUUAGAGCAUCUGGUUUAAUUAACGGAAAACUUCAAUUUCCUGCAAUUGUUGGUGUUAGACAUGACAAAAUAUUUGAAGAAGUCGACUCAGUUGUAGAUGUUGCAAAUUUUGAUGAACGCCUCCGUUCUCGUCCAAUGAUAGACGAAGAUGAUGAGCAUGAAGCAAAUAUAAUAUUAAAUAAAAAAAGAAAAAUGCAACAAAUAAAUUUAAAAUCUUCAAUUAAAUUGAUAAAUUCAAGAGAAACAGAAAAAUUAAGAAGUGAAGAAUUUCAAAUUUGUAAUGAAUUGGAAAAUGUAAAAGUUUGUGUUUUAAAUGCUAAUGAAGGGUAUACUACACAACAAUUACAAAAAAUAUUAAUUGAAUUGGGGGCUAUUCCUAUUGCUAAUCCAACAAAUAACACAGCAUUUUUGGUGGCAAUGAAUCCGAAAACCUUAAAUUGUAUAGCUCAUGUUAAAGCAGAUAAAUGCCAUAUUGUGCAUGGAAAUUGGUUAUUAAAAUGUAAAGAAGAAAACAAAUUGAUACCUUGGAAAUCUUCCGAUUUAAUCCAUUUUUGUUCAACUUCCAAAUUUAAUUUGUUUUCAACUUCUGAAGAAAACUUAAUUGAAAUGAGACAAAAUAAUAAUAAAAUACUAAAUGAAGAACAACAACAACAACAAAAAUUAAAUUUAAAAAGAAAACAAAUAGAAGUUUGUUCUUCAAAUAUUGCUCCUAAAAGAAAUGUGAUAGGAAAAGAAUUUGAAGAGGAAAGGGAUGAAACUUUAGAAAAUGAACGAUUUUAUGAACAAUUAGCUAGGGAAGCUGAAGAAGUUGAAAUUGAGUUUGAAGAAGUCGACUCAGUUGUAGAUGUUGCAAAUUUUGAUGAAAUAAGAAAUCAAGUAGAAAAUCAAUUAAAUAGUGACGAUUGUCAGCCUGUUGAAAAAGGGAAUUUAUUUGCUGAUUAUGUCUUUUAUUUACACAACCCUUGCAACCACAACAAAGAUUAA